UCGAAGAUGGCCCGAAAGUUCUUUGUCGGUGGCAACUGGAAGAUGAACGGCAGCAAGGCGGCCAAUACCGACCUUGUGCAGCUGCUCGCCAAAGGACCACUUGAUCCCAACACCGAGGUUGUCAUUGGUGUGCCCAGCAUAUAUCUGUCCCAAGUGCGCACACUUGUUCCGGAGAACAUUCAUGUGGCUGCACAGAACUGCUACAAGGUGGCCAAGGGCGCCUUUACCGGAGAAAUCAGCCCUGCAAUGAUUAAGGACGUCAACGUGGACUGGGUCAUUCUCGGUCACAGUGAACGGCGUAACGUUUUCGGCGAAAGCGAUCAGGUGAUCGGCGAAAAGGUUGGCCACGCUCUCGACGAGGGCCUCAAGGUGAUUGCCUGCAUCGGCGAGCUUCUCGAGGAGCGAGAAGCCGGCAAGACUGCUGAAGUGGUUUUCCGCCAAACCAAAGUCAUCUCAGGCUUUGUAAAAGACUGGUCAAAGGUGGUACUGGCAUAUGAGCCAGUGUGGGCCAUCGGCACUGGCAAGACUGCCUCUCCCCAGCAGGCACAGGAAGUGCACGAGCAGCUGCGCAACUGGCUCUCAGAGAACAUCUCCCCCGAGGUCGCCCAGUCAACUCGAAUCAUCUACGGUGGCUCGGUGACGGCGGCCAAUGCCAAAGAGCUGGCUUCACAGAAGGACGUGGACGGGUUCCUCGUCGGCGGUGCCUCUCUCAAGCCUGAAUUUGUGCAGAUUGUCAAUGCUCGCCAGUGA